ACCAGCCACUGAAGAAGGGGUAUUCCAAGCAUCUCUGCCUUGACCAGCAGCAGGAUGGGGAGAGUAGGCCCCAGACCCGAAGGAGGGCUCAGCCUUGAGAUUAGGCUGAAGACACAACAAGGGGUGGGGACCGGGCAGGGGCGGAGCAGAGCAGGUGGUAAUCUAGCUCAGAGACCCGAGCCUUGCACUCCCCACACUCCUCUCCCCAUGGACCGCACCGUGGUGCUCAUCACUGGCUGCUCCUCUGGCAUUGGCCUGCACCUGGCCCUGCGUCUGGCAUCCGACCCCUCGCGGAGCUUCAAAGAUCCUCGUCUUCUUCUGGAACCUCCAGUGUAUGCCACGCUGCGGGACCUGAGGGCGCAGGGCCCGCUGUGGGAGGCGGCCCGGGCCCGAGGGUGCCCUCCUGGCUUCCUGGAGACAUUGCAGCUGGACGUGAGGGACGCAGACUCUGUGGCCGCUGCCCGGGCACGCGUGACCGAGGGCCGCGUGGAUGUGCUGGUGUGUAAUGCGGGGCGGGGCCUGCUCGGGCCGCUGGAGGUGCAUACGGCUGACGCCGUGGGGUCCGUGCUGGACGUGAACGUGGCGGGGACGGUGCGGACACUGCAGGCCUUCCUGCCCGACAUGAAGCGCCGCCGCUCGGGACGCAUACUGGUGACGGGGAGCAUGGGCGGCUUGAUGGGGCUGCCGUUCAACGCCGUUUACUGCGCCAGCAAGUUCGCGAUCGAAGGUCUAUGCGAGAGUCUGGCGGUUCUGCUGCCGCCCUUCGGGGUCCACGUGAGCCUCAUCGAGUGCGGCCCGGUGCGCACCGCCUUUCUGGAGAAGCAGGAGGGCGUCCCGGGAGGGGCGCUGGACGGCGCGGACGCCGAGACCCGGGUCCUCUUCUCCCGCUACCAGCGCCAUUUGGAGCGGAUCUUCCGCGAGGCGGCGCAGGACCCGGAGGAGGUGACCGAGGUAGGCGCCGGGCGCGGCCCCGGGGCCAGGGACAGCGCGCGGGGGGUGGCGGCCAGCCCCCGGCCAGCGCGCCUCCCUCCGCCGCCGCAGGUCUUCCUCGCCGCGCUGCGCGCCCCGCGUCCCGCGCUGCGUUACUUCAGCACGGAGAGCUUCCUGCCCCUGGCGCACCUGCGCCUGGCCGACCCCAGCGGCUGCAGCUACGUCGCCGCCAUGCACCGCGCGGUGUUCGCCGACGAGCCCGCGGAGGAGGAAACGGCCUCGGACCGCGGCGGCCCCGUGCUCUGCGCCCCUCCCGCCGCCGCCGCCCCGCAAUAAAGUCUUGGCCCG